AAGUGUCGACUCGCGGAAGCGUGGUGUGUUGUCGCGCGAACCUAACCGCGAGCGAACUGAAUGAGACGCAUUCUGGCAUAUUUUUCUCACGUUUGAAGCUAUGGUUCGGAGACUGUUCCUCCUUUUCAAGAAAUAAGAAGGAUAUGCACCCACAAAAAAACCCUAAAGGCGCAUUAAGCUGCAAAAUGGUGCUCCAAGCAGUCGGAAAAGUGCUAAGGAAGUCAAAGACGAAGCCAAAUGGAAAGAAGCCACCGCCAGAAGAGAAGAAGCUGUACUUGGAUCCAGAGUUCACGAAAAUCCGUGUGGUGGAUUUUGACCUGAAGGAGCUGGUGGUGCUGCCCAGAGAGAUAGACCUCAAUGAAUGGCUAGCUAGCAACACAACAACGUUCUUCAAUCUUAUCAACCUGCAGUACAGCACCAUUUCAGAGUUCUGCACUGGGGAAACCUGUCAGGCCAUGACAGCCUGGAACACAAUAUACUACUGGUAUGAUGAGAGGGGGAAGAAGACGAAGUGCACCGCUCCGCAGUAUGUCGACUUCGUAAUGAGUCUUUGUCAGAAACUGGUCACGGAUGAGGAAAUCUUUCCUACGAAAUAUGGCAAAGAGUUUCCCAACUCGUUCGAGUCCUUGGUAAAGAAGAUCUGCCGGUAUCUGUUCCACGUGCUGGCUCACCUCUACUGGGCGCACUUUAAGGAGACGGUGGCUCUGGACCUGCAGGGCCACCUGAACACUCUGUAUGCACAUUUCAUCGUUUUCGUGAGGGAAUUCAAUCUGAUCGACCCUAAGGAGACCUGCAUCAUGGACGACUUGUCCGAAAUCCUCUGCAACCCCGCCCCGCUGCCCGCGCCCACCCCCGCCUCCUCCACCCCGGCCUCAGCACCCUCCCCUUCUUCACAAAACCACGUGACUGAGAGAUGAACAGGGGUGGUGAUGAGACGGCAGCCCCGGGGGCGAUCGAAGAUAAGAGAGGAGAGAAGGACAAACAGCCUGGCCCCCCUUCCAUGGUGCAAGCAGGACUUAAGAGACCUUCCCUUAUAUUUCGCUACAUCAACCAGCUAGAAGGUAGAUGGGGAAGAGUUUUCUGUGGGUUUGGGGUUGGCAGGGAGGGGUUUGUCACGCCAGCAGGAAUUGGCGUGAGUGUUCCUCCCAGAGACAAACCCCUCCCAUCUUCUCUGCAAUUUAAACUAGGAACAAGAUGUUUUGUUUAUUUUUUGGUUUUAUUUUGUUUUU